AUGUGGAAAAAUUUUUAUACCAGACGAAACCAGAUUGACAUGUUUUAUCACUUUUUUUACCGUUUCAUUUUCAUUCUUAUUCUUCUCGAACUGUUCUGUUACACCUCAUAUGUAACAUCAUCAGAUCCCAGUCCAAAUGACGAAGAAUUAGCAUUACUACUCAACGAACGUCACGAUCCAUCGAAUAGCAAAGAAGCCAAUGAAUCGGAUUCUAGUAUUGAAAAAUCCAUGGCUAACGAACACAACGAAGCUUAUUAUCUACGAAUACUAUGCGCUUUGUACGGUAGCUGUAGUGCUGCUGCAUCUGCCGCCGAUGAUAUUGAAAAUCACAAACCAAUCGAGGAAUAUGAUGAAAAGAAGCACAAGCGUUUACUUUCUCGAUUAUUUCAUGGUUAUCCCAAAUUUGGCAAACGGGCAUUUACAUCGGCAUUUGCUGGAAUACCGAAAUUUGGUUAG